AUGGCCGAACGGACGGCGCGGCUGCUGCUGCUAACCGUGACAGUGGGUCUCGCGUGGGGCUCCCAAGGCGACCGCGAGCCGGUGUACCGCGACUGCGUGCUCCGGUGCGAAGAACGGAACUGUUCGGGGGACGCACUGAAGCACUUCCGCUCCCUCCAGCCAAUCUACAUGAGCCUAGCUGGCUGGACUUGUCGGGAUGACUGCAAGUAUGAGUGCAUGUGGGUCACUGUCGGCCUCUACCUUCAGGAGGGUCACAGAGUGCCUCAGUUCCAUGGCAAGUGGCCCUUCUCCCGGUUCCUGUUCAUCCAAGAGCCAGCCUCUGCCGUGGCCUCACUCCUCAAUGGCCUAGCCAGCCUGGUGAUGCUCCGCCGCUACCGUGCCUCUGUGCCAGCCUCCUCCCCCAUGUACCACACCUGCAUGGCCUUCGCUUGGGUGUCCCUCAAUGCUUGGUUCUGGUCCACAGUCUUCCAUACCAGGGACACUGACCUCACAGAGAAGAUGGACUACUUCUGCGCCUCUGCCGUCAUCCUGCAUUCUAUCUACCUGUGCUGUGUGAGGACUGUGGGGCUGCAGCACCCGUCGGUGGCCAGUGCCUUCGGAGCCCUGCUGCUGCUCCUGCUGCUGCUGCACGUCGCUUACCUGAGCCUCGUCCGCUUCGACUACGGCUACAACAUGAUGGCCAACGUGGCUAUAGGCCUGGUGAACCUGGCAUGGUGGCUGGCCUGGUGCCUGCGGAACCACCGGCGCCUGCCCCACACGCGCAGGUGUGUGACCGUGGUGCUGCUGCUGCAGGGGCUCUCCCUGUUGGAGCUGCUGGACUUCCCGCCCCUCUUCUGGGUCCUGGACGCCCAUGCCAUCUGGCAUAUCAGCACCAUCCCUCUCCACAUCCUCUUUUUCAGAUUUCUGGAAGAUGACAGUCUAUACCUACUGAAGGACUCUGAAGCCAAGCUCAAGCUAGACUAAAGACCCUGGAGGGGUAGAUCUGCCUCCUUCCUGCUGCUUCUCCCUUCUCCCCCUGAGAUGAUUGUUUUUCUCCCUUUAGCUUCUUGAACUUGAACAUGUGGGGUAUGGGCUUGGAAUCAUAUAGCCACACACUCCUUGCUGGCUCUCACAGGGCAAGACCUCUGCCUGGGGCUGAACUGGGAGCAAAUUUUGGGGUCUACGGAGAGAAGUGCUGCUCCUGUCUCCUCAGCCACUCCCUUUCCCACAUCACUCACCCCGUAGAACCACCCCCAGUACCUCCAUUUACCCCUAAAUGCCACUCACGGGCCUUUGGGGUACAUUGGGGUCUCUUUUGUCAGGAAGCCACUAGGUGGCGCUGGAGGCCUGCUCUUCAGCUGCCCAGGUUUCUCCGUGGUCUGAGGCACUGAGCUGCUGGACUGGUACCAACGAGGGGUUUCCACCCUGCCUCCUGCAACAGCCUUUCUUGCCGUCAGGGCCAGGACCCCAGGGGCCUCCGGGUUAGAACCCUGGCUGCUGUUCUGGUUGGGGAUGGACACAUUGACACAUAGAGGGGCAGGGACCAAGCCAAGAGCAGACACGACCAGGUAGUCAAUGUGCCAUGUUUGGCAGGGCUGGGGCAUUGUGGGAUUCACUUAUAGUGUAGAGACUGGAUGUGUGUUCAGGAGGCAGGUGAGUGGGGGUGGUUUUGAGAAGGCCUGUGUCUGACAUGAACAUGCGUGGGCUACACUGGUAGGCUGGAGUGGAAUGGGGGAACCAAGUCAUCACCAGCAGUCAUUUGAGCUCCAAGUCUGCCUAAGACCCCAAGUCCAGCCAGCUGCCAGCAUGUGCGUGUGACCUGAUGGGUGCUGUGAGUGUGGAGGCCUGCCCGACGCCCCCUCUGCACUCCAUUCCAAAUCACAGUCUGCCCCCACCCCCGCAUGUCUUGAGAGCCCCCUGCAGAACUAGCCCCUGAAGGGCAGAGAGAGGAAGGGAAAAGGUACCCCUCCCUGCCUCCUCUCUACCUUGGCAUGGUAUGCCUCCCACUCCCUGCUGUAGCCCCUGGUCACAGCCUGGACCUCAGGGGCAUCAGCCAAAGGGAAAGAGGAUGUGGAGCUUGGGUCUGAAUGUGGUCACUGCCCUCCAUAGAGAACCUGCUCUCCCAGGAUAAUCCCGGGGCAAGCAGGGCCCAUACAGCCUGAACCUGAAUCAGUCCAUCAGGAAGGCAGCCUGCAGCUGGGCUCUGCCAUUAUCCCUGCCCUCUCUUUGUGGGAGGUAGCUAUGCCAGGACUCCAGCUCAGGUACUUGGGUAGCCUAUUAGGAUUUUUUUUAAUACUAAGAGCAAUUUUAAGGCCGGGGACAGUAAGGGUGUGCUUAAUAAACCAUUUCCUGGCCUCGCA